CGCGCCCUGCUGCUGGAUAGCACCUAUAGACCCGUGGGAGUGGCCAACUGGCAGCGCGCCAUCUGCCUGGACCUGAUGGACAAGGCGGAUGUGCUGGAGUACUACGAGCAGAGCGUGCGCAGCGUGCAGCUGGAGUACUUCCUGCCCGCCGUGCUGCGGGUGCGGCGCCACCGCGGCACCUCGCGCCACACGCAAGUGGUCACGCUCAACCGCGCCAACGUCAUGCUGCGGGACCGCUACUCCUGCCAGUACUGCGGCUCCAGCCGGGAGCUCACCAUCGACCACGUGGUGCCACAGAGCAAGGGAGGCGGCAACACAUGGUCCAACCUUGUGGCCUGCUGCGCCUCGUGCAACAGCAAGAAGGGCGACAAGUCCCUGGAGCAGCUGCGCUGGAAGCUGCGCCAGCAGCCCAAG